AAAAAUACUUGAAGCACGUGGUGCUAAAUGACGAUCGAUGUACGUAAUCGAUUGUUAGCGUUCUCAACGCCAUCAAGUGGCAUAUGUGCGAAAUAACUAUAUAACUGACCUUGAUUCCUUAUUCUGAAUGAGACAAACUAUCGUUGCGUACGUUCGUGCUGUAAAACGUAACAAAAACAUUUCUUAAAUUUAAAGAAAUUUAACAUAUUUCGAAGAAAUAAAUAAAUAAAUUAUUAAAAAUAUAAUGUAUUUUAUUUCAAUAGUGACGUAUUAAAAAGAUUAAAGAUGAACGCAGCGAAGAAAAUAAACGUUAAUUUUUCAUCUUUGGUAGGGUUAAAAGCUGAACUUUUACGAAAACAAACGGAAGUAAAAGAGGCCAAGGCACAUAUCGAGACAACCCAAACAACUAGACCUAAACGUAAGUUAAAGCAAGUCAAAAACGAUAAUAAAAAUUCUGCUAAAGAAUUAACAGAUGUAGAAGAUAUAAAUAAUCAUAAAAAAUCUAAGAUCGUGUUGGAAGCCAAAUCCAGAUUGUAUACAAAGUUGAAAAAGUUGAAAAAUAGUAACGACAAUUAUCUCGUUGAUUUUACUAAUAAAUCAGAUGAAUCCGAAGAAGAAAUCAUUAAAGAUGAUUACGAUGACACAUUCGUAGACCCGGAGGACAGUUGGGUCGAGUACGAGGAUUGUUUUGGACGUACAAGAAAAUGCUUAGCCAAAGAUCUCUCACUGAUGCGUGAGAAGGAUGAUUUAUUAAAACAAGAAAUAAUGAAGAAAAAUAUGCAACAGAGUAAUGAGUCUAAUAAGAUCGAAGAGGCCCAACCAAUGAAGGAAUCAGAUAUAGAUGUUAUGAGAAGAAAAUGGGAGGAACAAACAGAGAAGCUCGCUGAUAAAUUUGAUAUACAUUAUCAAGAUAUUUUAUUCGACGAAGCUCGAGCACAUGGCGUUGGAUAUUAUGCUUUCUCGCAAGACGAAGAAGAGAGAGCCAAACAACAGGAGAAUUUAAAUAAUUUGAGAAAGGAAACUGAACAGAAGCAAAAGCGUAUCAAAGAAUUGAAGGAUUUGAAGGAUAAGAUGGAACAAAAUAGAUUGAAAGCGGCUAGAAUUAGACAAAGAAUUAGAGCUGGUUUACCUAUUGAACCAGAAGACCAAGAGGAUUCUACAAAUACUGCUGAUGUUUCCAAUGACGUUAAUAAUACUUAUAAUGUUUCUUUGAUAAAAGAAAAUGAAGUAUCUAAAGAUGAUACAUAUAAAAAGAAUGAGAAAACAAAAGAAGAACAAAUAAAAGCAUUGGAAGAUACUUUAGAAAAUCAAAAAAUUUGGCGAGAAAUGUCUCAAGAGGAAUGGGUAUAUAAAUGUAGAGAAGAAAGAAUACCAGAAUUUGCACCUGUUUAUGAUAAAGUCUUGGGAUCAAAAUCUGAAGAAAUUAAACAAUCUGAUGAUACUGUAGAAUCUGAUCGAGUCUCUAAUCAAAUUGAUCCUUUGAUUAUUGCUAAUACAUUAUCUACUGUUCAAAAUACUUUACUGAAUAACUCUAGUAAUUCCACAAAUAUGUCGAAACAAUUUUCUCUUAAUAUUAACAAUCAACAAAAUAGUUCAUCAACAGAACAAAAUAUUUUAAAAUGUAACAAUGAUCUUAAGAAUCAGCCUAGUCAAAGUAUUAAUAAUGUUUUAAAUAAAACUAUUAACGAGGAAAAAAUAGCUGCUGGUCUUAGAUAUUUGAGAGAAAAAUACGAACAAAGUCAAAACCGUUGAUUUAAAUGUUUGCAUUGUAUAGACUAUUGUACAUAUUUAAACUAUGUGAAUAUAUUUUUACUAUGAAUUAUAUUAUAAGACGAAUAAUAUAAGUAAAUUAUUAUUAUUAUAGCAUAAUUUUUUUUAAUUGUAU